AGAGCAGGAGCUCCGAGGCCGGUGCCACUGCCGGGCUGGGUGACAGCUCGCCCGCUCCCCUCCACCCCGUCCUCCCGGGGCCCUCCUGCGCGCUCGGCUCCUCCGGGAGAAACAGCCGAGGCCAGAAGGCGGCGGCGUGACGCGCUGUCCGGAGCCGCCCGCUGCUUCCGGGCUCGUCCCCUUCGCGGACCGACCCCGGGAUGUGGGGCCCGCUGAGUCGCAGCCUCGGCCGGGGCCUCCUGGCGGCCGCGGGCCGGCGGCGGCGGGGCUACGCGCGGCUGCUAUUGGCGGGGCCCCGCGGCGGCGGCGGCGGCGGCCGACGGGGAACCGACGUGGCCGCCAAGCCACCCCGCGUCGGGCAGGGCCGCUCCGGCCGUGGGCUGUGCGUGGUGGCGCUGGCGGCACUGUCGUGGUUCUUCAAAAGCGCCCCCGCGGAGGUGGAGGAGGAGGAAGAGGAGGAUGACGAGGAUGAGGAGGAGGUGGAGAGUCCUCCCUCCGAGGUGGAACUCAAGAUCAUCGAAAUGCUCAAGCGGGCCAAGUUGAGUAUAAUGAAGAAGGAACCGGAGGAGGCAGAGCGAAUCUUACACGAGGCCCUUCAUCUGGCUCACAAGGCAGAUAUCAGGAAGGCCAUCAUCUACACCUACGAUAUGAUGGCUAACUUAGCGUUCAUGAGGAAUCAGCUUGAAAAAGCAGAAAAGCUUUUUAAAGCGACAAUGAGCUAUCUUCUGGUUGGGGGCAUGAAGCAGGAGGACAAUGCAAUAAUUGAGAUAUCCCUAAAACUGGCCAGUAUCUACGCUACUCUGAAAAGACAGGAAUUUGCUUUUGCUGGCUAUGAGUUCUGCAUUUCAACUCUGGAGAGAAAAAUCACAAAAGAGAAGGCAUUAACGGAAGAAGUUAUGCCAGCCGAAGAGAAAGCUAAUACCCAUCUCCUUCUGGGCAUGUGCUAUGACUCCUACGCGCGAUACCUCCUUGAUAUCAGCCGACUAUCCGAUGCACAAAAAAUGUACGAAAAAGCAUUGCAGAUUUCCAAAGAGAUACGAGGAGAAAGACACCCACAGACUGUGGUGCUAAUGAAUGACCUGGCCACUACCCUGGAUGCACAAGGCCGCUUUGAUGAGGCCUAUGCAUAUGUGAAAAAGGCAACGGAGCUGGCAAGGCAGAUUGAGCACCCCGAGCUUCACCGGGUGCUCAGCAACAUGGCAGGAAUAUUGAUGCACAAAGCAAGCUUUGUUGAAGCCAAAUACGUCUACGAGGAGGCCCUGAAAGAGGCUGAGCUAAAGGGAGAUGAGGCUUCCAUCGAGCACAUCAAGGAGGAGCUGACUGAACUGGCCAGCAGUCGAGGCCUUUGACUGUUUCACCCAGGGGUAAAUCUCUGGGGGGCGGAGCAGGGACAUCCUUGCCGAGAGGAAGGCUGAUGUGAUUCCAGUCUGGAAUACCUAAACAAAUGGCUUGAAUUGUUUGGAUUUGAUGCUUAACUCUACCCCCCCCUUCAAAAAUCAAACAAAACGUACUCUAUACCAUGCCUUUUUCUACAAGCCACUCAGAUUUGGGCUUUGUUCUCAGUGUUGGACUCUCAUUUUAUGGGAACAGAAGGAAAAGUGUAGUUUUUGUUCCUGAGCUACAAAGACUGGUAGAGAAGAAACCUCUUUUUCAAGGCCUGACUUGUUUCGGGGAAUAACAGCAGCUUUCAGGAGAAUUAGAUCACUGAUUUCAAAUUCGGCAGUCAUUCUCGGUGCUGAGUAUUUUUGCCCAGCAUGUUCAGUCAUGAAAGGCCUGGCCUUAACUUGGGUUUUCAUUAUGAUUUUUAAAAACAUGACAUCAGUGUCUCCCUCUUUUCUAUAGCCUCUCUGCUCUUCUCUGUGUAGAAAGGGCAGUUUGGACCCAAUGAAUCAGAGAUCGAAGUCUUAAGUUAGUUUCUUUGCAAGGGGAAAUCUUGUCUUAUCAGGAUAUACACACUGCUUCAACUUUAACCAGUAACUUCUGGGUGGUAGCCACAUUCAGUUUCUUGCCAAUAGGUACCAAAGGAAAAAAAUAAUGACAUCAGAAAAUGGCUUAGUCAGAGGCCAUCAGGACUUACACUAAAUUGUUAUUUUAAAAGUGUAGCUCACUGGCACUUAUGUGCCAGUCUCAUAAUCAGCGAAUUUGUUCUACCCACUCUCCAGAAUUAGGUUUUCAGAAAUGGGGUUACUAAGCAGAGCAGGUGGAAAAUGAAACAGCUGCCUGUUCUUGAAGCGCUCCAGCAUUCUAAGUGGAUAGAUGAACCAGGCUUCUCCAUUCUAACACUCCUGGCUGCUGAGUUGUAGGUAACCGGAAUGAGCUGUUAGUUUCUGCAGGAAUCUUAUUUAUUGUUGUGAAAUUGUGUCUUUCAAACCUCCAGAGCUUUUAAUUCUUCUUAAAUGAACCUACUCUAAUUUUCUGACCUGGGAGAAGGAAAGAGGCCUGUCACUUGAGUCUCACCUAACAUGGGUGAGAUUUCACCUCCCAUGUACUAAUUUAAACCUGCUACACUUGAACAGUUAAGCAAUCAAAAUGCGUGUGCAUGUGUGCGUGUACACACACACUCAUUCACAUCUCAUGAAAUUUAGUCUUACAAAUGACUGCUUGCCCAGGGAAAAGUGACAGUUUAUCUCCAUAAAUAGUGAUGAAUGUAAAUUUUAUUUACUGUUUGUAUGCCAACCAUGGAAUGGGUAUACUAGUAAUAUUUUUGGUACGUCUGUGGAUUGGAUGAUCCUAAAUAAUAAACACCAAGAUCACUUA